AUGGUUGGUCGCGGUUUCCUCCGGCCCGAUUCGUCCAAGAUUCGCCCUGAUUGCCCCAGAGCGUUGAAGGAGUUGAUGGACCGAUGUAUAAAAUUCGAUCGCAAUGACCGCCCUGGGUUCAACGAUGUCAGUGAUAGCCUGCAGGAAAUCGCGUUGCCGAAAUUGACCCGAUCCGCCUCGGAACCACUUCUUCACACAACGAGUAUCGAAUUCUGGAGCAAGCACGCAGCUGCCAGCUUCCUGGAC